GCCGGGAUCGGCGGGGCCGGGCACUCCCCGGCCGCGAUCACCCUCUGCUCGGGAUCGCCCCCCGCUCGGGAUCGCCCCGUACCGCGGACCCCGCCCGGUGCCAGCCCGGCUGCGGCUGCGGUGUCACCGCCCGCAGCGGCGCGACAGCGGCCACGGCCGGGCACGGCGACCUGCGCCGCAGAGUGCCCCGCUGAGAUGGCGAGUGCCAGUGGGGCGGAGCCCGAUGCUGAGGAGGCAGAGGAGGCUGAAGAGGCCAUCUACGAGGAGGUGCUGCCCUGCGACAGGAUGGAGCUGAGCCAGCGGCUGGCAGUGGAGGAGCUCAUCACCACCGAGGCCAGCUAUGUCCACAACAUCCAGCUCUGUGUGUCGGACAUCCGGGCACACCUCCAGAAGAAGCAGCUGCCUGAUCUGGACCUGGAAGGGCUCUUCUCUAACACCGACGACAUCCUCCAUGUCUCCAGACGGUUUCUGAAGGGCCUUGAGGCCACGGCCACCCAGGGGCAGGAGCAGCUGCUCUGCAUCAGCACCCUGUUCCAUGAGUUCAAGGAAGAGAUGGAGACUGUGUACAAGAUCUACUGUGCCAGCUACGACCAUGCCCUCCAGCUGGUGGAGAGCUACCGCAAGGACCCCAGGCUGCAGGAGGAGAUCUUGGACACCCUGAAUGCAACAGUGCCUCACACAGGCGCAUCAGACCUCAGCUUCUUCCUGGUGAUGCCGGUGCAGAGGGUCACCAAAUACCCACUGCUGCUGGGGAAGAUCCUGGAGAACACCCCGGCCAGUGCCAGCGCCCACCCGGCCCUGCAGGCAGCUGUUCGUGCCAUGGCCCAGGUCAACGCCAACAUCAACGAGUACAAACGGCGCAGGGAAGUAGCAACCAAAUACAACAAGGCCGAGCACCUGACGCUGCGGGACCGCCUGGCGCGCCUCAACACCCACUCCAUCGCCAAGAAGACCACGCGGCUGAGCCGGCUCCUCAUGCAUGAGGCCGGCAUCGUGGCCAAGACAGAGGACAAGGAGUACAACGACCUGGAAGAGAAAUUCCAGUGUGUGGUGUCCAGUGUGGUCACCCUGAAGGAGAAUGUAGCAUCCUACCUGAGCAAUUUAGAGGCAUUCCUGUUGCCCACCCCACACCAGCGUGACCUGCAGAUGGAUGAAGGACCUGCCCAGCAGUAUCGGCACUUCGCAGAAUGCCUCCAGUACACCGUUUUCCCAGAGUUUAAGCAAAGGCUGGACAGGCUGGUCUGCCAGCCCCUCAGCAGCCUCUCAGACAUGCUGGUGGGGCCACAGCAGCUGGUCAAGAAGCGCCUGGACAAGCUGCUGGACUAUGAGGAGAUCCAGGAGCGGAAGAGCGAGAUGGGCAGCGUGACGUAUGACGAGGAGGCAGCCAUGAACACCUACCUCGCCAUCAACGACCUGCUCGUGGCGGAGCUCCCACAGUUCAACCAGGUGGCUGUGCAGCUCCUGAAGCAGAUCCUGUGCUCCUUCAGCGCCCUGCAGCGGGACUUGGCUGCCCAGGUCCUGCAACGGGCAGACAAGGAGCUGGGGCAGAUACCCCAUGGCUACAUGCCUCUGCCUAGUUUCUGGAAGGUGGUGGAAGACACCUUGCAGCAGUCAUAUGCUCAGCUCCGGACCUUCUGCCAGACCUUUGAGACUGUCACGCCAAGCCCUGUGACACAGCCUCUGAACCCUGCUGAGGAGCGGAAGGUCCUCUCCCUUGUGAGCAAGCACGGCCCAGACAAACUUUACCAAGUGACAAGCAACAUCAGCGGCAGCAAAGACUUGGACCUGACCUUGCUGAGGGGCCAGAUUGUAGCUCUGCUGCAAAGUGCCGACACGAAGGGGAACACGAGCAGAUGGCUGGUGGAUGCUGGAGGUCCCCGAGGGUUUGUGCCUGCUGCAAAACUCCAGCCAUAUUCCCCGGUACAAAGCCAGCAGCCCCAGAUGGAGUUGCUAACCCCAGAGAGUGGCAUAGAGAGAAGGCGACAUUCCUAUGCAUUACCUGAAGCCCCCAAGCCCCAGGUGGCCACCUUCACCCCAACAUUCCAGGUGGUUGCCGGCUUCUCCUUCGCAGCCAGGAGUCCGCAGGAGGUGAAUCUCCAGGCAGGGCAGCCUGUGGUGGUGCUGGAGCCUCACGACAAGAAGGGGAGCAAGGAGUGGAGCCUGGUGGAGGUGAACGGCCAGAGGGGCUACGUGCCCUCCAGCUACCUGGUGACCGUCCCCGUGCAGGAGCCCCUGGGCUGGAGCUUGCCCGUGUGAGCACGGCCAGCCCACACCCAAGGGCAUGGGCUUCAUCGGAUGGGAGCAGUCGGCUUGGCACCGGAGGACUCCGCACGGGAGAUGCUGGAGGGAGGCAGCCCCGGGCUGGGAAGGUGGGGGAAGGCACCUGGCAGAAUAUGGCCCCGGGGGACAGGGCCUCGAGGAUGGCGCUGGGGAGGCGUGAGGGUGCCGUGUCCCGUGUGUGUGCUUGCACAGCGCGAAGCAGCACGGAGGGAGUGAGGGCAGGUGGCUGCAGUUAUCCGGGGAUUUGCUGAAACCCGUGUCAGUGACAAAUGUGUCCCAGCGGACGAUGAGGCAGCAUUGUCCCCAGCUGGAUCAGGACUGAGUGGCAAAGGUGCAGCGCUGCAGAGGGGCCCUCGGCCAGGCACGGGGCACCUGGGCAACUGGGGAACUGGGCAACUGGGCACCGGGGGAACUGGGCACCGGGGCACUCGGGCGCCACCUGAGCGCUUGGGGCAGCGCCGUCCUGGGCCGGCAGCGCCGCGCGGAGCGGCCACCAGAGGGAGCCCCGAACCAGCGCCCAGUGCCCGCUCGGCGCGUACUGGGAGCACUGGUGCAGGGGCCGUGGGGUGCGGGGGCACAGCCCGACGAGGUGUGCACCCCGACCCGCCCGGUGUGGGACGGAUAUCCCGGCUCACAAGGCUCCCUGAGCGCCCCGUCCCUCCUGCGACCCGCACAGAUCCCCCGCGGGUUGACGGAGGUCCCGUGGAAGAGGUUUUUGGGAGAGUCAGGAAGUUAGGUCGGUAGGUCCCUGACCUAAGGCUCGGUCUGAGGGUGGAGAUAGCACUCCCUCCUCCCCCUCCCGCUACUCCUGAAGCGCCCCAGCUCCGUGCCUCAGUUUCCCCGCGGUUGUGCUGGCACUGUUUGGAGAUGCUGACGGGGCUGAGGGUUGGCAGCCGUGCCCACGGCAGCGCUGCCAUGGUGUCAGAGGGCAGUUCAGAAGCCCCCAGGGGUGACUGGCACCACGGGAGAGCUCAGCCCACGGGACCACGUUGCCGACCCCUCGCCCACCGCGGGCAGUGCAGGCACCCGCCGGUGCGGCAGCCUGGCGUCGUCCCGGCUGCCCUGGGCAUCCGCAUCAAAGGUGCGGUGUCCCGGCUGGCGAGCGCCGGCACGCCGGGCCCCGUGCCCUGCCCGGCGGGGAGGCAGCAUGCCCGGCCACCCACGGGCUCCCCGGGGGAUGUGGGGGCUGCGUGUGGGUUCCCACAGUGCGGGUUGGGCAGGGGGGCAAAGGUGGCAUGUCCUCACCCAAGCCUUGUGCCGUGUGGGGAGGGAUGGGGUGGGUGCCAGGCAGGUGGGGACAGGCCCCAGGCACUGCUCUGUGCAACCCACGUGUAGGUCUGGUUUGAGGCAGAACUCUGUGGGGUUCACUCUCCAUUAUAGCUGUGGGGUCCUGGGGUGCUAUUUGUGGGGAGGCUGGGGGCAGCUGCCUCUGCCCAGGUGCCAUUGAAAGCCCCGAGCAAAUGCUCACCCACACGAAACCUUGAAGGGGACAGCAGUGCUGGAGUUGGGGAUGUUGCCUGGGGCUGCUCCCAGCCUGGGGAAAGGCCAAUGGGUUCUUUGGAAUGGCAGAAGAGGCAGGCAGAGGGGAUGAGGGUCACUGUGCAGGGGCUGUGUGUCUGAGCCUUAACUGCCCACAGAGCUCACACCUCCAGCUCGCUGCUGAUGGCUCCUCUGGAUUUUUCCGUUCCUAAUCAAAUCACAUCAGGUCGGAUUUCCCUCUCCAGUCACCUUCCUGCCAGCUCAGUGGGGUGCAAUUGCAAUCAGCCCUGCACCAGCACAGGCAAUGGCAGGAGUCAGCAGCUCGGGCAGGUCCUGCUCCACAGCCUGGGAGUGCCCAGGACCCUUCAGAGGGUUAAAGGUGACAGUGGGACAAGGAGUGCUGAGAGAGUACUGCUGCCUGGGCACUGAUCUGUCCAUUGGAAGGAGAUCUGGGGCAGGCAGGACUUGAUAGCCAGUUGAGUUUUGUCUGUCACUCACCAGACUCUGGAUUUCAAGUGCUCUGAAACAACAGCUCUCCUUUCCCUCCCUCCCUCCAGCCACUGCCGGUGCUGCCUGUGUGUCUGUCAAUGUGGGUCAGGAGGAGUUCUUUGCCCAGCCUGCAGCCAGCACAGGGGCUGCAGGAUGUAGGGAGGUGUCCCAGAUCCCUGCUGCCUCUCCUGGGUCCCCACUCAACCCAUCUACCCAAGCCCAUCUACCAGCACUUGCCAGGCUGACAGGCUUGUAGGGCAAGGUGGAAACUGCCCCUGUGCAUCCCACCAGCAGAUGUACAGGAGUCACCCUCCAGUGCUCUGCAGGUGACUCUACACUGGGGACAUGCUGCUUGUGUCAGGCAGCAGCUGCCUGUCCUCUGUCCCUUGUCAGAUAAGGCGGUUUUGCUCCAAGCCAGGUGCAGCCCAAGCACCAAGAGGGUCCUUGAAAAGGUGCUGAGCCAGCCAGCAUCAGCACCCUGCCCAGCAGCAGUGGGACUGGUGUCCUGCCCUCCCCAAGGUCCUGGUGGCGGAUGGUCCCACCUAGGAAGAGGGAAAUCAGCUCAUGUGGCUCCUCUGGUCUUGGGAUCCGAAGGGGUGAGCUGGGCUCUGCAGUUCCCAGCAGCCCUGCUGCCAGCCUGGACGGCCAUGGGACCUUCCCCAUGUCCUCAGGACAUGGCCUACUACUUGACUGCAGGACGCACGUUCCAGCACCUCUCACUUCUCUCACGAUUUCACACAAACUCAAUGCACUGCUGCUGCCCCGAGUCUGGAAGUGCCCUCUCAGAAUCACCGGUGGGUACAGGGCUCUUCCAGCCUAAAAAUGACGGGGGAUAAAGGGCACAAGUGUGCCUUUAAAUAGCCUGUCAAGGACAGGCUCUCCCAGGAGGAAUGCUCUGGCUGGCCUGGUGGAACAUGCCUGUGGCCAGGGGCACGGGGUGACAGCUGGGCAGGGACGGCUGCUCACCCGGUCAGGUCAAGGUUAGGCAUCGCCCCGGCCGGGCGCCACUGUGCCGUGGCUUGGCACCACAGAGGCAGAGCCGUGCAAGGGGAGGGAAACACAUGCCAGACCGGGGUUUUGCCAUGCCCAGGGCUGAUCUGUGAGGUGGCAGCAGAGCCAGGCAGGCACUGCUGCCUGCAACCUGCCCGCCAGCCUGCAAGGAAUUUGGCACCAGCACAGCCUGGCUGCCAGAGCAGCCUUUGUGGCAGCUCCGGUUGUCCAGGAGCGCCUGUUGCACUCCUGUCGGCACUGAUUCAUAUCCUGGACGUGCAGGCAUUUGGACAGCUUCCACCCGCGGGGUGUGACAGCGCACGGCCGUGUCCCCAGGGCAUGGGGCGCCAGCCCGGCCGCGUGCGGGAGGGCAGCAUGGUGGCAGCUCAGAGCCUGCUCUCCCCUGCUCUGUGGGGCGUGCUGGCCCCUGGGGACGCGGGGUGGGGGACCACAAAGCACAUCUCUAGGUGGAGACAGCUGGAUUGCAGGAGGAUGGCUGUGCCCAGGUGUCGAUGUGCCCGAUGGCUCUGCUGGGGCACCCAGGAAGCAGAGGGGUGCGAGAGGAAAAAGCAGCUGCCAGGGAAGCCCCAAGCCCAGGCUCCCAAACCCAGACCAUCCCCUCACCAUGGCAGAAUAGGAGUAAGGGAGCAACAGGGCUGUGGAGGGCAGGAAAUGAGAGGAAAGGGGGGACCCAGGAGAGCAGGGUGGCUGCCCUGGGCUGAAGGGCACAGCCAGUCCCAGCAGGGCUGUGAUUGCAGGCAUGGAGCUGGAGUUCACCCCCUCCGCGAGGCUGAGCUGGCUCUGAAGAGCCAGCCUGUGCUGCACUUUUCCCAGGCCCCUAAGGAGCAGCCCUUGCCCCCUGCAGCCCUCGCUGGCCACUCGUGCACCAACCAUGACCAGCAUGGCCUGUGGGAGGGCUGAGCCCCGCGGAGAGUGGCCCUGGGGCUGCGAAGCAGGAGUGGAGGUGUGAGCUGCAGUGCUCGCUCCAGGCUGGUGCAGCUGGCACCUGAAUUGUCUAAUAAAGUGUGAAAUUGCUUUCA